AUAUAUAUAUAUAGAGUGCUCAAAUCGCUUCGAUAAAAACGACAAUGGCAUCCAUGGCGACGACGGCGACGGCGAGGUCAACCUUCACAGCCGGAGCUAUAAUCUCGUCUUUCAGAUCUUCGAAGGUCGAAUCCAUCGGAUUUCAGUUAAUCAAACCGCUCAAUAUCAGGCGGUUGAAACAAAAUCAUCGGAGAGUUUAUGUUGUGAAAGCAUCGGCCUCUGGACUAUACUCCGCCGAGAAUCUCGAGCUAACUGUGGAAAACGUAGACAAGGUUCUCGACAACGUCCGGCCGUACUUGAUCACCGACGGCGGGAACGUCGAUGUCGUGUCGGUUGAUAACGGCGUCGUCUCUCUCAAGCUCCAGGGAGCUUGUGAAAGCUGCCCUAGUUCAACCACAACAAUGAAAAUGGGAAUUGAAAGAGUUCUUAAGGAGAAAUUUGGGGAUGAUAUCAAAGAUAUACGUCAAGUAUACGACGAGCAGAUCACUGAAACUACAGUUGAGGCAGUGAACAAUCAUCUAGAGAUAUUAAGACCAGCCAUCAAAAACUACGGUGGGAGUGUGCAAGUGUUGUCUGUCAAAGGCGGGAACUGCACUGUGAGGUAUGUCGGGCCUGACUCUAUUGGUUCAGGGGUAAAAGCAGCCAUCAAGGAGAGGUUCCCUGACAUUGCCAAUGUCGAACUCACCAACUAGUGUGAAUUUAGAGAAUGGAUGUUUUGUACAUUUUGCUCGAUUCAAAUUGUGGUUCAAUGUACAAAAGGAACAAUAAGUCUGAUUUACUUUUAUCA